UGCCCAAGCCUUUGGUGUCUUCUUGGUAUGUGGGCAACCGCUCAGUGGAGGUGAUAGCAGCAUUAUGCUUGGCGAUUGCAUCAAGACCAUAAUAUUCUUCAGGAACGGAACCGCUUUGAUUUGCAGUCCUUGAAGUCAUGUUCGCAAUCCUGGGUCACCGUCCGAAACUGUGGACGGACAACGACGUCUUGAACACGGAAAAGGAAGGUCGAUGGUUCUCCAGGAAGAAUCAAGCCCGUUGUAUCCUGCACAUAGUGUUAGCCUUGCAAUGCAGCAUCAUUGGGUUUGUCGCAAGUCUUGCAUGCGGCAGCUUGUCCCAUCGACACGCAUGCUUUCAUGAACGACGGAACGCUCGCCUGCAUUACAUGCUGCCAUCAUGCCACUUGGGCAACGAUGCUCACCUUGCACUAGGAUUAGCGGCGAUUGGUGGACUGUCUGCAGCCUUUCUUUGCUGCUGCAAACACGCCUUCACCUGCUCUGCGGGUUUCCGAUGGUCGACACCUCGCUGGGACCAGUUGUUGUUGUCUGGCGAUGCGACGAUGAACGAGACCUUUGUUCCAGUGUGUUUGGUUUGAUAUGAUCAAAGAAGUCCUUGCGAGACUUAGACGGGAGCAAAGGGGCCAGUACGGUGGAAAGGAUGAGGUCAGGAAGAAAGUGCCACAAGAUCUCCUUUGUGCGAGCAGCCUUGGUGAAGUCUUGUACUCACUGUGCAGC